AUGAGUGUGUUACUCACAACACUAACUCUCCUCUUCACCCUCAUCUCCUCAGUCACUUCCAGCUGCACUCCAUCAGACAUAGCAGCAUUACAAGCCUUCAGGUCAUCCCUCAAUGAACCAUACUUAGGCAUCUUCAAUACAUGGACAGGCACUAGCUGCUGUUCCAACUGGUACGGCAUCAGCUGUGACCCCACCACAGGCAGAGUUGCUGACAUCAACCUGCGUGGUGAAUCAGAAGACCCCAUCUUCGAAAAAGCUGGCAGGUCAGGUUACAUGACAGGUUCCAUCAACCCUUCAAUAUGUAAACUUGACGGGCUCUCUACUCUCAUUCUUGCAGACUGGAAAGCGGUUUCAGGUGAAAUCCCUGAAUGUGUUGUUUCUUUAAGUAAUCUCCGAAUCUUGGAUCUUAUAGGUAACAAAAUCUCUGGCAAGAUUCCUGCUAAUAUUGGGAAUCUAAAGAAACUUACUGUUUUAAACCUUGCUGAUAAUGCACUCACUGGAGAGAUUCCUGCUUCUCUCACAACUUUGGCAAAUAUGAAGCAUUUGGAUCUUAGCAACAAUAAGUUGACUGGUCAGUUGCCAGCUGAUUUUGGUAACUUGAAAAUGCUUAGCCGUGCAUUGUUGAGUAAAAACAAGCUAAGUGGAGCAAUACCAAGCUCUAUAUCUGGCAUGUAUCGUCUUGCAGACUUGGAUUUGUCUGUUAAUCAGAUUUCGGGUUCGGUACAGGGAUGGAUAGGCAGCAUGCCGGUUCUUUCCACACUUAACUUGGACAGUAACAUGAUUUCGGGUCCAUUGCCACCAGCUUUGUUGAGUAGUACUGGUUUGGGGAUAUUGAAUUUGAGCAGAAAUGCUAUUGAAGGUAAUAUACCGGAUGUUUUCGGGCCAAAAUCUUACUUUAUGGCUCUCGAUUUGUCUUACAACAAUUUGAAGGGUCCGAUACCCGGUUCACUUUCGUCAGCAGCUUAUGUGGGGCAUUUGGAUUUAAGCCAUAACCAUCUUUGUGGACCAAUUCCUGCUGGGACUCCAUUUGAUCACCUUGAAGCAUCCUCAUUUAGUUUCAAUGAUUGUCUUUGCGGGAACCCAUUGAGGACUUGUUAA